AUGAAAGGAGAAUAUGUAGAGCAACAUGUUCCUAACAAUGAAACGCCAACUAUGUUCUCAAAGCUUCCCCAACAACAACAACAACAACAAUCUCAACAACCUCAGCACCAUUCAUUUUCUCACAACCCUUUCCAACUCUCCGGGGAGGACGAUAACCGCAAUAGCGGCGGCGCCACCCCCAUCACCGUGCAGAAGCCUAACUCCUCCGGCGACGGAGCCACCAUUGAGGUCGUGAGGCGCCCUAGGGGUCGUCCACCCGGAUCGAAAAACAAACCUAAGCCACCAGUUAUCAUAACCCGCGACCCCGAACCUACCAUGAGCCCUUACAUUCUCGAAGUUUCUGGCGGGAACGACGUCGUCGAAGCCAUCGCACGGUUCAGUCGACGCAAGAACAUGGGCCUCUGCAUACUAACGGGUUCUGGAACAGUCGUUAACGUCACUCUCCGUCAACCCUCCACAACGCCUGGAGCCACCGUUACUUUUCACGGCCGUUUCGAUAUCCUCUCCGUAUCCGCAACCUUCCUUCCCCAACAAUCGGGUGCUUCGCCGAUGGGUCCUAACGGAUUUUCAAUCUCUCUCGCCGGACCGCAGGGCCAGAUCAUUGGAGGGAUUGUCGCCGGCGAAUUGAUGGCUGCGGGGACGGUGUUCGUGAUAGCCGCUUCGUUCAACGACCCAUCGUAUCACAGGCUGCCGCCGGAAGAAGAGGCUCGAAACUCCGUCUCCGGCGGCGAUGGACAUUCACCGCCUGUCUCCGGUGGCGGCGGCGGCGAAAGUGGGCAUGGCCCGGCGGAGUCGUGUGGAAUGUCCAUGUACAGCUGUCACUUGCCAUUGGAUGUGAUUUGGGCUCCAACAGCAAGACCACCACCACCACCACCGUACUGA